AUGGAAUCUUUAAUAUCCCCGACGAAAGCUCGACAAGCAGCAAUCCAAGCCAAAGACUGGGCCUACGUGAAUUCAUGGCUGAAUCGUAAAUAUGCCCCCAAUCAAGUCCCCCCAUUCGAGCGCAACGAGGAUACACUCAGAACCCUCCUUGCGAUUGCCGCGGCCAACGACGCAGCAGACGAAGAGGCCUCUCUACUUCAUCGAGCACGUAAAGAUGUGCUCCGCGCUUUGAAGCAGCGUGAAACGGCCGAAGAUCCUCGAAAACGGGAUAUACUAGACGACAUAGAGGCACGGUUAGAUUCUCAGGGUGAAGAAAGUCUGAACGAUUUGGCGGAAACGGUGGUUCUGCUUGGAGACUCGUCGACCGAUGUUACGGAAUUAGCGCAUGCAUUCAUCGAGCUUACGCGAGACGAGUUUGAGCUUGCAAAUCAGGUUCAGCAUGUGGAAGCUUUGCAAAAGUACCUGCACAAGGAGAUGGCUCUUGUCCAAGAGGAGAUUGAGACGCUCAAGACACAUUCUGCGUACAAGACGCCGUCUGAUUUGACAUCGCAGACGGUAGAAUGGGCUCGCAGCGCAAAGUUGCUCAAUGCCAAAAUCAGCGAAUACCGGGAAAGAAUCUCUUCGUUGCAGAGAAGUCUACGCGUUGAUGGGCCUACGAUUGAGACCGUAGAACAGGAAGAGGAGAAUGUGUUGCGGCUGAGGGAAACGGUGAAACAGCUCGAAAGCAGGAUUAAAAGUUACCGUGAUUUACCACCGGACUUGGACGAUGCGAGGAAUGAGUACAGACGGUUGGAGAAGGAGCUUGGCCGACUAACCCGAGAACGAGAUAAUCUCUUCGAGCGUGCAGUUCGACGAUAA